CAGUAAACAAACAUGGUGAACAAUGGCGACUUAUUUCAAAAACAUAUUUUGACUCAGCGAGAUCUAAAGAUGCUCUACGAUUAAGAUAUAGUAAAUUGAUCCCUCAGACACAGGAAGAACGCGCAACAAAAAGUAAAAGUAAACAUUUGUGGACUUGCGAACAGGAACAAACACUGCUUCAAGCAGUAAACAAACAUGGUGGACAAUGGCGACUUAUUUCAAAAAAAUAUUUUGAUUCAGCGAGAACUAAAGCUGCUCUAAAAUUAAAAUAUAAUAGACUGAUCUCUCAGACGCAAGAAGAUCGCGCAAUAAAAAGUAAAAGUAAAUAUAACUUGUGGACUUACGAACAGGAACAAACAUUGCUUCAAGCAGUAAAAAAACAUGGGCAAAAAUGGCGAUUUAUUUCAAAAACAUAUUUUGACUCAAUAAGAACUAAAAAUGCUCUGCAAUCAAGAUAUAAGAACCUGAUCUGUUGGUCACAGGAAGAUGACGAUGUACUAAAAAAAGUCAUGACUAAAUUAAGUGCAAGAGAAGGGGAAAUGUUUUUAAAAUUAAUUAAAGAAAAGGAUAGCUAUCAAGUAAUCUCACGUUGGAAAUUAUUAAAUAAUAUUCAUGAUGAAUCCAAGGAAAGUAAUGUCCCUAAUGACAUAAAUGAGAUUGCUAAUAAGAUUCCUGCACGAGUUAGCGAUGAAAUGAUAAAUAGAAAAAAAAAUAUAUUGAAAGAAUCAAAAGUGGAAAAUACAUUAAAUAUAUUGAAAGGUGAUAAAGUGAAAUUAGGAAAUCGUGAAGUCCUUUCUCAGCAUUCUCAGUUUUAUGAUAAAAAUUAUGAAAUUUAUAAAAUUGACGAAAAAGAAGUUUACCUUCUUUUGAAGAAAUUAUGA